CGCAUUGGCUUAAAAGGAUAUCUCGAGCCUAGCAACGUGAUGCACGAUAUGACCGAGGAGGAGUUGCUAUGGAGGGCUUCAAUGGUGCCUAGGAUCCCCACUCAUCCGUAUAAGAGGAUUCCGAAGGUGGCGUUCAUGUUCUUGGCGAGAGGCGAGCUCCCCUUUGCGCCAUUGUGGGAGAAGUUCUUUAGAGGGCAUGAGGGGCUCUUCACCAUUUACUUGCAUUUGAGCCCGGAGUACACGGGGGACGUUGCUAAGGAGUCUGUUUUCUACGGAAGGAGAAUCCCUAGCAGGCCAGUUGAAUGGGGCGAAGUAAACAUGAUCGAAGCUGAGCGCCGCCUCCUCGCCAACGCCCUCCUCGACUUCUCCAACCAACGCUUCGUCCUCCUCUCCGAAGCCUGCGUCCCCCUCUGGAACUUCGAAACCAUCUACUCCUACCUCAUCAACUCCACCCAAACCUUCGUCAGCCUCUACGACGACCCCAGCUCCACAGGCCGAGGCCGCUACAGCAAAUCCAUGCUCCCACAGAUCCACAUCGACCAAUGGCGUAAAUCCUCGCAAUGGUUUGAGGUCGACCGCGAAUUAGCCGUCGCUAUCGUCUCCGAUGACUUCUACUUUCCUGUGUUUCAGAAGUUUUGUCACGCACAGUGGGGUUGCUAUGCAGACGAGCAUUAUCUGCCGACGAUGAUCAACAUAAAGUAUGGGGCGAAGAACUCGAACCGGAGCGUGACGUUCGUCAACUGGUCGCUGGGCGGGCCCCACCCGGCGAGGUACUACCGGAAGCAGGUGACGCCGGAGCUGCUAAGGUGGAUGAGGGAGGGGAGCACGUGCAUGUAUAAUGGGCGGCCGACGAAUAUUUGCUUCUUGUUCGCGCGCAAGUUUUUGCCGAAUGCGCUGAUUAGGUUCGAGCUGUUCGCGCCGAAGGUGAUGGGGUUUGGUUGAAAUUUUGGGGGAUGAUGAUUGGUAACACUUGCGAACUAAUUGUAUUAUUAUGACAUUAACUCAAAAUGUAUUUAAUUGCAAAUUGUAUUCAUUAAUUCGUUUUAUACAUGUAGAUCAAUUGUACAAGUUCUAGAAAUAUGAUUGUACAUUCAUUUUUUU